AUGGGCGAGAACACGCAGGAAGAGGCGCCGUUUCCUCUUACCGACGUGGACAGAUGGGUUCUGUCUCAGACAGAUGAGGAGUUUACCUAUCACACUUGGGACGACCUGUGCCAAAUCAUUCAAAACAACCGGCUCUCCGUCCUCAAGAGGAAGCCGUCUGACCUCCGGCGGUACAUGAAGUGGACUGCCGACACCAAGGCUGAGUAUGGGGGCAUCACCAAUUUCCUCCUCGCCCACCGCCUGCCCAAAGCCUGGGGCACGCCGCCAUUUAAGCCGGCCUCCGACGUGCCGUUUGCAGACCCGUCGGAUUACCGCGUGCUGAUCAACGACUGGCCCUACGGCUUCGUGCCGGGCAUCACCCACCUCGUUGUGUGGUCCCGCACCCCCAUCGCAACGGACGACACUGUCGGCGACAUGACGCCGGACAGCAAGAGGACGGUGGCCGAGUUCAUCAAGCGGUAUUUUAUCGAUAGCCUCGGGUCAGGCGGGGAGGACAGAGUGAUCUGGUUCAAGAACUGGGUGGCUCUCCAGAGCGUCCGGACGGUCGACCAUGUUCAUAUUCUUGUGAGAGAUGUCGAGCCGGCUGUGCUCGAGGCAUGGUCGAAGGAGCUUGAAUGCCAUAGAGCGUAG